GAAUACCGCUCAAUUAGUUUUAAACAUCGAAGAUGUAAAUGAUAAUGCUCCAAUUUUCCUGCAAAGCCGCUACGAAGGCAGACUCCACGAAAACCAAAUGGAUUUUGAUACUCCCCUGGUUAUUGAAGCUAGAGAUAUGGAUCUCAAUGGCACAAAAAACAGUCGAAUAACAUACAGCAUCUCGGAGUGGGACCGCUCCAAGGCCAACUUCACAAUAGACCCGGCGACAGGCACUCUAAAGCUGAUGGGUCGCAUUGACUUUGAGCGGCUGCCCAGAGGAGGCGGUCAAAAGGCGUUGAAUCCGUUUCCCGUCCACCUGAAGGUGAGGGCCACGGACAUGGGCUCUCCCCCCCUCCACUCCGAGGUGCCUGUCACCAUCUACAUCCAUGAUGUCAACGACUUUGCGCCCCAGUUCGAGGUCGACAGCUAUGAGAAAACUAUACCCGAAGAUCUGUCUGAAGGCAGUUCUGUUCUACAAGUGAACGCGUGGGACGGUGACGGCUCGCCGCCGAACAACGUGGUGGUGUACCGCAUCCAAUCGGGCGCCGGCGACAAGUUCACCAUGGACGUGGCGACCGGCGUGAUUCGGGUGGCGCGCGGCGCGAGUCUCGACCCGGACGGCACGCAGCCGCGCACGCUGCGUUACGCGCUGGUCAUUGUGGCGCUCGACGGCGGAAUUGGCGCGCACCAGCUCAGCGCAACUGUUCCCGUGCAGAUCACGAUCGAUGAUGUCAACAAUAAGCCGCCUGUGCUUGCCGAACCCGGGACUGUGCGCAUCAAGGAGAACACUAGGGUGGGUCAAGUGGUGCACAGAGUGGUUGCCCAGGACCCGGACGAGAGCCUGCUGCGAUACACCCUGGACGCGGACAGCUGCGAGGCUCGCAGCGAGGAGGGCACACUCGUCAAAGCGGCUGAGUUCGACUUUGUCGCCGCAUUCGAGCUCAAUCCGCUCGACGGACGGCUUAAGGUGGUGCGGCUGCUGGACAGAGAGCGUGUGGAGACCAUCAGGCUGGCGAUCCGGGUCGAGGAUCUGGGGUCGACUACCGGUGUGCAGACCGAUACCGCCGUCUUAACAAUUGUAAUUGAAGAUGAGAAUGACAACAAUCCUCAGUUCCGCAAACCAUUCUACCGACGCUCCAUCACCGAGAACAGCCAGAAUGGUAUCACCAUUGUCAACAUUGUAGCUGAUGACGCCGAUAAGAAUCGAACCAUCUCGUACUCACUUGAAGGCCCUCAAUCGAUGACAGACCUGGUGCACCUGGACAGGGAGACGGGUGAGAUGGUGGUGGCCAGCCGCAUAGACCACGAACAGGUGGCCUGGCUCAACAUGACUGUGCGUGCCACCGACUCAGGCGUUCCCUCCCGCUCCUCCUUCGUCGACGUCUUCAUUCAGGUGCUCGACGAAAACGACAACAAUCCGUACUUUGUCGGAGAGACCACCAAUAUCACCAUUCGCGAGGAUACACCUAUCGGCACUGAAAUAGGAAGAAUUGAAGCCAUGGAUGCGGACUCUGGUGACUAUGGCAAAAUAACAUAUCUUCUGGAUCGUAUUUCAUCUCUGGGUAAGUUCCAAAUCAAUCCAGAAACGGGAGUGCUGAACAUAUCAGAUCGCCUGAACAGAGAGGAGCAGAGUGCCUACAUGUUGGUCAUUGAGGCCUGGGACAACUAUCAGUUCGGAUAUGCUAGUGGCGAGAGUCGCAACGCUUUCAAGCAGAUUGUAGUGAACGUAUUGGACGUGAAUGACGAGGCGCCGGUGCUGGAUCGCUUGCCUGAGCAGUGCGUGACCGUGACUGAGUUCCACGAUCCCAGUGACGUCAUUACGCAGCUCAAGGCCACAGAUGCUGACGACCCCAACACACCCAACAGCUGGGUGCAGUUCUCCUUCAUCGCUGGCAAUGAUGAUGGUUUAUUCCAGAUCAAGCCGGUGGACAACUGGUCAGCGCAUGUGUUGAGCACCGGUCCUCUGAAGAAGCGCUACGGCAAUUACAGUUUAGUGGUGCGCGCGCAGGACCUCGGGAUGCCGCCAAACUCGGUGGUCGCCAAUCUGCACAUCUGUGUCACAGAUUUCAACGACAACGCGCCUCGCUUCCUCAGUCCGCCGCACAAUAUCACCAUACGCGUCGCUGAGAAUGAGACAAUUGGAACGCCAGUGAUAACAGUUGAAGCAGUUGACGACGACAUAGGACCGAACGGAGCUGUCAGAUACAGACUGCGUCAGGACAACACCGGAGACUGGAGAACGUUCAACAUCGACCAGGACUCUGGUCUCAUUACACUCAAGCAGCCAUUAGACAGAGAACGACAGAAAAUAUAUCAGAUUCGAGUGGAAGCUUACGACCAUGGAGUACCAACGCCAUUGUCAUCCGACCUUGAUCUCACAAUAUACGUCAAGAAUAUCAACGACUACCAACCGCAGUUCGUUAUUGAAGAAUAUACUGUCAAUUUCACUGAGCAUGUACUUCCGGGCACUGAGAGACGUCAGCUGGCGGAGACGAUUGACAGGGAUGAAGUGGAUGACCUCGAUGACCCUCCAACUCCAGUCUGCUACUUCAUUGUGGCUGGCAACGAGGAUGGAUUCUUCGGAAUUGAGCCUCUCAUACAUCAGAUCACAGCAUUGAAGGAGCUGGACAGGGAGGUGCAAGAACGACAUGAGUUGAUAGUGAAGGCGAGCGAAGACUGCGCCACGACUCCACCCACCAACAACAGCUGGUUCGAGCUGCGAGAUGAGACUCUGCUCAAGUUGAUUGUCAACGUCAACGAUAUCAACGACAAUCCGCCGUUGUUCGUUAAAAAUGUGUUCACAGGAGGUGUGACAACUGAGGCUGAUUUUGGCACUGAGUUCAUGCACGUCAAGGCAGUGGACGCGGACACGGGCGAGAACGCGGUGAUCAACUACUACAUGCUGGGAGAGACGCAGAUGACCCUGAGCGAGGGCAUGGAUGGCAUCCAGCAGCCGCCCUUCCUCGUUGACCAGGGCACGGGGGCCAUCCACCUCAACUUCGACCCCAAAGGGCAUGAAGGGAUACUUCGACUUAUGGUCAGUCACAUUCAAUGA